GCGGUUACCUCCUUGGGAAGGUCCAUUUGUUGGCUGGCUCGGAGACGGUGUGUCCUGUUCUUGCUGGGGUUCUUGCCACUGCCAGGAGUGACCCACGAAGGUUGCAGAGAUGGCCGGGGCCUCAGUGAAGGUGGCGGUGCGUGUCCGCCCCUUCAAUUCCCGGGAAAUGAGCCGUGACUCCAAGUGCAUCAUCCAGAUGUCCGGAAGCACCACCACCAUCGUUAACCCCAAACAGCCCAAGGAGACGCCCAAAAGCUUCAGCUUCGACUACUCCUACUGGUCGCACACCUCGCCCGAGGACAUCAACUAUGCGUCGCAGAAGCAGGUGUACCAGGACAUCGGCGAGGAGAUGCUGCAGCACGCCUUCGAGGGCUACAACGUCUGCAUCUUCGCCUACGGCCAGACGGGGGCCGGCAAGUCCUACACCAUGAUGGGCAAGCAGGAGAAGGACCAGCAGGGCAUCAUCCCACAGCUCUGCGAGGACCUGUUCUCCCGCAUCAAUGACACGACCAAUGACAACAUGUCCUACUCCGUGGAGGUCAGCUACAUGGAGAUCUACUGUGAGCGUGUCCGCGACCUCCUGAACCCCAAGAACAAGGGCAACCUGCGUGUGAGGGAGCACCCGCUGCUGGGGCCGUAUGUGGAGGACCUCUCCAAGCUGGCCGUCACCUCCUACAAUGACAUCCAGGACCUCAUGGACUCAGGGAACAAGGCCAGGACUGUGGCCGCCACGAACAUGAAUGAGACCAGCAGCCGCUCCCACGCCGUCUUCAACAUCAUCUUCACUCAGAAGCGCCACGACGCGGAGACCGACAUCACCACAGAGAAAGUGAGCAAAAUCAGCCUGGUGGACUUGGCUGGGAGCGAGCGGGCUGACUCCACAGGAGCGAAGGGCACGCGGCUCAAGGAGGGAGCCAAUAUCAACAAGUCCUUGACUACACUGGGGAAGGUCAUCUCUGCUCUGGCUGAAAUGGACUCUGGGCCCAAUAAGAACAAGAAAAAGAAGAAGACAGAUUUCAUUCCCUACCGAGAUUCUGUGCUGACCUGGCUCCUCAGGGAGAACCUGGGUGGGAACUCGAGGACGGCGAUGGUGGCGGCCCUGAGCCCGGCAGACAUCAACUAUGACGAGACCCUGAGCACGCUGAGGUACGCGGACCGGGCUAAGCAGAUCCGCUGUAACGCCGUCAUCAACGAGGACCCCAACAACAAACUGAUCCGUGAGCUGAAGGAUGAGGUGACCCGGCUGCGGGACCUGCUGUAUGCCCAGGGUCUUGGGGACAUCACCGACACCAACACUGUGCCCGGAGGACCCAAAUUGACCAAUGCCCUGGUGGGCAUGAGCCCCUCAUCCUCGCUCUCGGCCCUGUCCAGCCGCGCGGCCUCUGUGUCCAGUCUGCACGAGCGCCUCUUGUUUGCCCCGGGCAGUGAGGAGGCCAUCGAAAGGCUGAAGGAGACAGAGAAGAUCAUAGCCGAACUCAACGAGACCUGGGAGGAAAAGCUUCGGCGGACGGAAGCCAUCCGGAUGGAGAGGGAAGCCCUGCUGGCCGAGAUGGGCGUGGCCAUGAGGGAGGAUGGCGGCACUCUGGGUGUGUUCUCUCCCAAAAAGACGCCGCAUCUUGUCAACCUGAACGAGGACCCGCUGAUGUCUGAGUGCCUCCUCUACUACAUCAAGGAUGGGCUCACCAGAGUGGGCCGUGAGGACGGGGAGAGGCGGCAGGACAUCGUCCUGAGCGGGCACUUCAUCAAGGAGGAGCACUGUGUCUUCCGGAGCGACUCCAGAGGCGGCAGUGAAGCCGUGGUGACCCUGGAGCCCUGUGAGGGGGCAGACACCUACGUCAAUGGCAAGAAAGUCACGGAGCCCAGCAUCCUUCGGUCAGGCCGGGAGCGGGAGGAGGCCACCUACCUGCUGGAGCAGCAAAGGCUGGACUAUGAGAGCAAGCUGGAGGCCCUGCAGAAGCAGAUGGAGUCCAGGUACUUCCCAGAGGUGAACGAGGAGGAGGAAGAGCCAGAGGACGAAGUCCCAUGGACGGAGAGGGAGUGCGAGCUGGCGCUGUGGGCCUUCCGGAAGUGGAGGUGGUACCAGUUCACGUCGCUGCGGGACCAGCUCUGGGGCAACGCUAUCUUCCUCAAGGAGGCCAAUGCCAUCAGCGUGGAGCUCAAGAAGAAGGUCCAGUUCCAGUUUGUCCUCCUCACGGACACACUCUACUCCCCACUGCCUCCCGACCUGCUGCCCCCAGAGGCUGCCAAAGACCGAGAGACGCGACCCUUCCCCCGCACCAUCGUGGCUGUGGAGGUGCAGGACCAGAAGAACGGGGCCACCCACUAUUGGACGCUGGAGAAGCUCAGGCAGCGCCUAGACCUGAUGCGGGAGAUGUAUGACCGGGCAGCCGAGGUGCCCUCCAGCGUCAUCGAGGACUGUGACAACGUGGUGACUGGCGGAGACCCCUUCUACGACCGGUUCCCCUGGUUCCGGCUGGUGGGCAGUUCAGUCAUCUCUGGCUGCAGCAGCUACCCUCUUCUCAACACGUGCAUGAGCGCGCGCAUGGCUGCUCUCACCCCCUCCCCCACCUCCUCGAGCCCCGACUCCGACACCACCGAGCCUGCGGAGGAGCAGAGCCUGGGGGAGGAGGAGGAGGAGGAGGAGGAGGAGGAGGAGGAGGAGGACCUGGAGGACGACGUCUUUCUGGAGCACGCGCUGUGCCACGGCCGGGACCCGUUUUACGACCGGCCCCCCCUGUUCAGUUUAGUAGGAAGGGCCUUCGUGUACCUGAGCAACCUGCUGUACCCCGUGCCCCUGGUGCACCGAGUGGCCAUCGUCAGCGAGAAGGGCGAGGUGAAGGGCUUUCUCCGUGUGGCCGUGCAGGCCAUCUCAGCCGAUGAAGAGGCUCCUGAUUAUGGCUCAGGCGUCCGCCAGUCAGGAACAGCCAAAAUCUCCUUUGAUGACCAGCAUUUCGAAAAGUUCCAGUCCGAGUCCUGCCCUGUGGUGGGGAUGUCUCGUUCCGGGACCUCCCAAGAAGAGCUGCGCAUUGUGGAAGGCCAGGGCCAGGGCGCAGACGCGGGGCCCUCGGCCGACGAGGUCAACAACAACACCUGCUCAGCGGUGCCUCCGGAAAGCCUCCUCCUAGACAGCCCUGAGAAGGCCACGCUGGACGGGCCCCUGGAUGCCGCCCUGGACCACCUGCGCCUGGGCAGCACCUUCACCUUCCGCGUGACCGUCCUGCAGGCGUCCAGCAUCUCUGCGGAGUACGCUGACAUCUUCUGCCAGUUCAACUUCAUCCAUCGCCAUGAUGAGGCCUUCUCCACGGAGCCCCUGAAGAACACGGGGAGGGGCCCCCCACUUGGCUUCUACCACGUCCAGAAUAUUGCCGUGGAGGUGACCAAGUCCUUCAUCGAAUACAUCAAGAGCCAGCCCAUCGUGUUCGAGGUCUUCGGCCACUACCAGCAGCACCCAUUCCCGCCCCUCUGCAAGGACGUGCUCAGCCCCCUGAGACCCUCACGCCGCCAUUUCCCACGGGUCAUGCCGCUGUCCAAGCCAGUGCCCGCCAAGCUCAGCACGCUGACACGGUCCUGCCCUGGCACGCACUGCAAAUACGACCUGCUGGUGCACUUUGAGAUCUGUGAGCUGGAGGCCGACGGCGAUUACAUCCCUGCAGUGGUGGACCACCGUGGCGGCAUGCCGUGCAUGGGGACCUUCCUGCUCCACCAGGGCAUCCAGAGACGGAUAACCGUGACACUGCUGCACGAGACGGGCAGCCAUAUCCGCUGGAAGGAAGUGCGAGAGCUAGUUGUGGGUCGCAUCCGAAACACCCCAGAAACAGACGAGUCCCUGAUUGACCCCAACAUCUUAUCUCUCAACAUUCUCUCGUCUGGGUACAUCCACCCGGCCCAGGAUGACCGGACCUUCUACCAGUUCGAGGCUGCGUGGGACAGCUCCAUGCACAACUCCCUCCUGCUGAACCGCGUCACCCCGUACAGAGAGAAGAUCUACAUGACAGUCUCUGCUUACAUUGAGAUGGAGAACUGCGCCCAGCCGGCCGUCAUCACUAAGGACUUCUGCAUGGUCUUCUACUCCCGAGACGCCAAGCUGCCUGCCUCGCGCUCCAUCCGAAACCUGUUCGGCAGCGGGAGCCUGCGGUCCUCGGAGAGCAACCGUGUGACCGGUGUGUACGACCUCAGCCUGUGCCACGUGGCCGACGCGGGCAGCCCAGGGAUGCAGCGGCGGCGCCGUCGGGUGCUGGACACGUCUGUGGCCUACGUGCGGGGUGAGGAGAACCUGGCGGGCUGGAGGCCCCGCAGUGACAGCCUUAUCCUGGACCACCAGUGGGAGCUGGAGAAGCUGAGCCUGCUGCAGGAGGUCGAGAAGACCCGGCACUACCUCCUGCUGCGGGAGAAGCUGGAGACCACCCAGCGGCCCGCCCCCGAGACGCUGUCCCCGGCCUCCAGCGAGGACUCGGAGUCCCACAGCUUGUCCAGCGCCUCCUCUCCACUCUCGGCUGAUGGCCGAGCGUCGCCCCCGGAAACUCCCAACGAGAGGCAGCGGGAGCUGGCCGUCAAGUGUUUGCGCCUCCUCACGCACACGUUCAACAGAGAGUACACACACAGCCACGUCUGCAUCAGCGCUAGCGAGAGCAAGCUCUCUGAGAUGUCCGUCACACUGCUGCAGGACACGUCCCUGUCCCCUCUGGGGGUGGCCACGCUCACUCCCUCCUCUACCUGCCCCUCUCUGGUCGAAGGGCGGUAUGGAGCAGCCGACCUGAGGAGCCUGCAGCCCAACUCCCGGCCGGCCAGCCCGGAGCCCGAGAAUGUGCCAGAGGCUGAUUCCAAGAAGAUCCCCUCCCCUGCUCGGGCCACGGAAUCGGACAAGGAGCCCCAGCGCCCGCUGGUUCCCGACAUCCAGGAGGUCCGGGUCAGCCCCAUCGUCUCCAAGAAGGGCUACCUGCACUUCCUGGAGCCGCACACGGCCGGCUGGGCCAAGCGCUACGUGGUGGUGCGGCGGCCCUACGCCUACAUGUACAACAACGACAAGGACACGGUAGAGAGGUUUGUGCUCAACCUCUCCACCGCCCAGGUGGAGUACAGCGAGGACCAGCAGGCCAUGCUCAAGACGCCCCACACGUUCGCCGUGUGCACGGAGCACCGCGGCAUCCUGCUGCAGGCCAGUAGCGACAAGGACAUGCACGACUGGCUGUACGCGUUCAACCCUCUCCUGGCCGGGACCAUACGGUCCAAGCUUUCCAGAAGGAGGUCUGCCCAGAUGCGGGUCUGAGUGGAAGACACCCCCCCUCCAGACAGCCAGCAGGCCCGGCCUGCCCCCUCUCACCAUCCGUCUGUCUUUGCCACCCAGUCCUUCCCACCAGACAGCCAACAAGUCCCCUCCUCCCAGGGACGCUGUGCUGGGCCAGCGAGCCCGCCUCUGGCCGGGGACCUGCACCACAUGACUGUCAUGCUCCCAGUGGAGGCCAUGUUGUCAUCAUUCCUUCUCUGAGACUGUGCCCCGGGGGGUGGGGCAGGGGGAAGAGCUGGGAGAUGCUGGAGAGACCGGAGGGCACCAGUCAGGGGCAUCGGUGACGUUCUCAUAUUUUUUUAAGCAUAGACAGACUUAUAAUUAAUAUACAGUAGUUAGCGACAUGGAAGCAGUCCACUCAGAAGUUAACUAUAAGACUGUAUUCUAUUUA